AUCAUUCAUUCUUUGUUUUUAGAAGUAAACACCAUCCGUACAUCUAACAUGAAACUGUUGGUUAUCCUGUCUCUAGCUGCCUUAGCAGUAGCAGCACCUCAACGUGGUCAACAAGCUGAAGUUUUAAGAUAUGAAAGCGACAAUAUAGGUUUAGGUGGCUACAGAUACGCUUUCGAGACAUCGGAUGGUACGAAACACGAAAGCCAAGGUGAGAUCAGGAACGAAGGUCGCGAAGACGAAUAUUUAGCUGUCAAUGGUGUGUACUCCUGGAUCGCACCUAACGGUGUCAGAUACACAGUGAAGUACGUGGCUGAUGACAAUGGAUACCAACCUGAGAUUGAAGAAGCACCUGGAGCCCCAGGACCUAUCGUUGCCUCUCUCUUAGGAUAAUUUAGAAACAUUUAUUAGAUGCUCAACCAAAUCUACAUAUUAUAUUUGCUUUUGUUACAGCGUACUAUCGCAUGGUUAUUUUAAAACUUAAUUCAUUCAGAAUAUUUUCGAAUCUUAUAUACAAAUGAAGAAAAUUCAUAUUCAUCUGUUUUUGUGAAAUAAGUGGAUAUAAAAGAUAUUUGUAAAAUUUUGUAAAGAUACGAAUUUGUUUAGAAUCGAUGUACGCAAUAACAAGUCAAAUUGUAAAAACAAAGAAAAUUUGCGUAAUCGCGUUAUAGCGAUCUCUGUCAGCAUUAGAAGAUAUGAAUUUAUUAAAAGCGCCACCAACCCAAUUUUAUUUGUUAAAAAAAUCAAAGAUGCGCUUUUAAAUAAUUUUCAUAGAACCAUCGAGAUUUAUAAAGUAUUGUACAUACUCGUAUUUUAUGUAUUAUAAUAAUGCAUAAUAAGUACUCGCAUAAAACUGUUACGUAAAAUUGAAAAUUUUUAG